GGGUGGGGCUGGGAAGGAGGAGAGCGGUGGAAGACGUCACAACGUAAACGCUCGUGCCCCUUUUUGCGUUGCAAACACGGAAGAAGAGAAGGAGGAAAAGACAUUCCACGUCACUGGCGAGUAAUAUCGCUGUCGGCGCAAGGUGCUAUUUUUUCAAGGAAUUGAAAUUGUUCUUCAUGUUGGAUUUCUUGAUAGCAUGCUCUGCCGGUUGGAGUGUUUUGUACGAGAUAAAAUACCAGUUUGUUGGUGGAGCGGCCUAGUUUAAUUAUACUGGAAUUCCGCCGAAGGGUGCCAACGUUCCGCAGCUCUUAGAUGGGGGAGUCGGCGCCGCGUCGCUCCACGCUCGUCUCCCGCCUGCCCAUCUUCCGCCGCAGCAGCAGCAAGAAGCAGGACUCCCUCCCGUCCUCCCCCUCAUCGGGCGGCGUCGGGAAUGGCGUCCACACUUCCUCCCCCUCCAGCACCAACUCCAGCUCCGGCAGCACGGGCAAACGGCGGAGCCUGUUCCGGGCGCCGUCGCUCAGCUUUGCCUCCAAGCGCCACAGCGAGCCACGGGUGCAGCCGCCAAACCUCAACCUCACCCCUCCGCUGACGACGCAAGGGGGCACGGACGCCAACGGGGACACCCGGCAGACGACGGCGCCGACCGCCGUUCUGUCGCCGUCGGCGUCGGCCGACGGCGGCGGGCGCACCAAGUCGCGACACCACUUUGGGUUCGGCAGCCACAAGCAGAAAAAGAUCACGCGCUCUCUGACCGAGGAUUUUGACAAGGCCUCUUCCUCGUCCUCCUCGACCAAUCGCAACGUGUUCACAAACUGCAUCAGCAGCUCGGGGACCAACGAGGGGGACGAUUCCGGUUACCUUGACGACUACAGCAAGGCAAGCAGCAACAACAACAACAGGCGUUCGACGCGGCAGAAGAAGCAGCUGCUGCCCAAAUCCUUCUCGGCAAACCACCGCUUGUCUCGCACCUCAGACCCCAGCAGGCCUCCAGAGGUGACCCUGGAGCCCGCCGGAUCCACCGCGGCUGCUGUUCCCACCGGUGGACUCACCCCGGGGUCCUGCCCCGGCGAUCUGCUGGGCGCCGGGCCCGACAGCUCACUCCAGUCGCCCAUGAUGUCGGAGGACCGGACCACCGCUGUUACCCCUUCGGAAUUCAUCCCCAACACGGAGGACUCCGUAUCGGAGGUGGAGGCGCUCCCUGCACCCAGCCCUGCGUCUGCUGAAGGCCCCGGACCUCCCUCUCUCCCCGGGGAGGAGACUGACCCCGCUCCCGCUGAUCCUGCUCUCCUAGUCGAUAGCCUCAGCCAGCUGGACCCUACCUCCCAGGAGUUUUCCACACCGGCCCAGUCCUGCGCAGACCAGCCUCUCCAAGACACCAGCACCCCCAACCCCACCGACUAUGACACUGCCGUCUCCCAGUCAGAUCCAGAGACGGCUGUACCCUGCCUUCCCCUUCCGUCGCCACCGUCGCCACCGUCACCACCACCGUCACCACCACCGCCACCACCGCCAACACCGCCAACACCGCCAGCCCCAGAGCAGCAGCAGCAGCUGCAGCAGCAACAACAACAAUCACCGGUGGGGGUGAAGAAUGUGCAGGACGAGCAGAGGGCGGAAGGAGUGCAGGAGAAGAGGACGUUGUACCAGAGGGACAGGAAAGGGUCAGCGGAAGACAGGAAGUGUGGCUACCAGACGGAGACGACGAGCGAGAGUGAGGCCUGUGUGGUGCGCAGCGAGGGCUGGCGCCCGAACCCGGAGCCCACGGAGAGGAGUGGCAGGAACGCAGUUUCGGUGCAAGAAGUGGGUAGGGGCCACUGCUGCGGUCAUCAGGAGCACAGGCCCUCGCAACUCCGAAAGCCCCACGCAGCCUCCAUGUGCAGCAGUGUGAGCCCCUAUCACGGCGUUAUGAGGAUGGAGAGACGGCUGCGCUCCUCCUCCGAAGGGGCUGGUGGACCCCGUAUCCAAGGCAACCACGGUGACGUGCAUGGCAUCGAGGGCUUCGGUCUCAUCAAGCACAGGAACAACUCCUCCUCGUCCAAACUGGGCAGCCUGGAUAUGCUGAACAACAUGGGCUCCUCAGAGUUGGACGAAGAUGAUCUGAUGUUGGAUCUAGACCUCUCUGACGAUCAGCGCCAUCGCCAUGUUUCCAGGGAGGACUCGAGCCAGUCCCUCGCCUCGUGUCUGAACCUGCUGCCCUCCCCCAUAGAGGGGCCCGCAGAACGCCCCCAAGGGAGAGAGAGCUUCCACAGACAGCCAAGCCGUCCAACCAGCCUGCUGCCCACCGACUGGACCUCGGCGCUGGGUUUGGGAAAGGAGGAAGACCCCCUGCCACCGGGUCUGGAGGCCCUGCCGCUCAGGCUGAUGCAGCAGGACUGCACUUCUGUGAAGACUCUGCUGCUGAGGCUGAGACGCACACUACAGGAGAGCACAGAGACGAGUCCCGCAAGCAGUCUCCAGUCUCUUCCCAUCAGCCCUUGCAGUGAGAAGUCCCUCCCUCUGAAGGAUCUCAGCAGAGAGGAGGCCCUUCUGCAGCAACUACGGGAAAAGGACGAGAUCAUUUUCCGUCUUCAGAAUGAACUGGAGAGUGCCAAAGCUGCCCUGAGGACGAAGGACUGCCAAACGACUGACCGCACGACACAGACAGAACACACCGGCCCCGAGUGAGCGGCAUGUGGUGAAAGGAGACCAACAGGUAGGGUGCUGCUGUCUUAUUCAGGUCAUGCUACAAACCAAAUACUGGGAUUAGUAACACAAAUAGUUUCCUCAUUGAAGCACAUCCUUUUCUAAAACCGCUUAAUUAAUAAAGCAGGUAGGGGUUUUAGGCCUGACCUUGCUCCAGGAUGCUUAUAUGUAGACCCUGGGAAUCAUGGUUUGGUCAAGACCCUUAUGGCUGGGAGUCAAAACACCCUGACCAUUGGACUAUCCUGCCCUUUUCUGAUGCCAGAAAGCAAUUAUUAAACAACGUAAUACAUCUGGGAAAUAUGAGGAAAAGUACAACAGGAGUCUUUCAUUUUGAGUACUAGUUUGAAUAGUAAGACUUCAUCUUUUGGUGAAAUGACUAAGCAUUUUAUUUUAUCAGGAAAACCAGUUCCUUGCUAUGUGAGUUAGGGGUACACGUGACUCCACUCUGCUCAGUGGGGUUCACGCUGGUAGCUUCUCCUCACAGAUAAGUCUGCCUGUCCCCAAAGGGCCGAGCAGAGACGCCUGGCCCAGGUUUAUGUAUGCAUCUGUAAUCAAUGAAUCGCUUCGUCUAUCCAUCCAUCACUGCUAACCCAAUCAUAUCAUAACGGCUAGGGGAAUGAUUUACAUCUGCUGGGGUUAAUAUGCACUUAUGGGCACAUUAUACCAGCAUAUCAUUAUUCUCUUGCUGUGUUGUUUUUUUAAUUGCCUUUUCUUUUGCCCCUCUGCUGUUGUUUUAAUCUGCAAUAUUUAACCUAUGUUCAAUUACAUUCACCAAAUUAAAUUGUAUGACACAAAAUGGCAUAAUGAGAAACAUUCAGCUAUUUCAGUUAUCAGUUAAUCAAGCAGUGGUUCAAGUGGGUCAGUAUGCCCACUCUAUCCACUGUCUUCACAGCCCCUCUGGAGCUAAAUACUCGAAUCAAGAGCAAGCAAUCCGAUCUACCCAUUGCUGUAAAAAAUUAACACUAUUUAUUAUUAAAAUAUAUAAUUGUUUGUGUGCGUGCCUGUACGUCCAUGUGUGUGUCCAUGUGUGUGUCCAAGUGUGUGUGUGUGUGUGUGUGUGUGUGUGUGUACGUGUGUGUACAUGUGUGUGUGUGUGUAAUAAAGAUAUGGCUGUUGGCAGCAGGGACGUCUAAAGGUCAUUGUGGUGAGUGCUGUGAGUGUUGAAUUGAGAGUUUUUUCCACUAACUAAAUGUCAUGCUCAGAGACGGGGCUAUCAAACUGUCCUGGAAUUUAAUUCUUAUUUUGUUUUGGACACAAGAGAGACUUCUCAUGACAUCGGGAUACUUCAACAUUGUUCAAUUAGAAAAAAGGUUGGCUUAUGUACGCUGUUCCUAGAAGUAACUAAAACGCUAUGUUUUUUUAUUCGUAUUUAUUAAUAUAUUCUAGAUCUAUUCUAAAUACACAGUUUGGUUCGGUGUUGUUAACAUCUCUAAAAUGAACAAUAGUCAACCUCCAAUAAAUGGGAAGAUGCAUUUAAUCUUACUCAGUAAAAGUCAGUCAAGCAUAACCUAAUCCAUUAACGGCGUCAUUAACAAACACGAUCACACGAAACUCAGAACUCAAUACAGAAUAAUAGCAUCAACAGUCAAUCCAGGCCCUUUAUAUUGAGAUUCAGUCCAAGAGCUUUUUAUUGAGGUUGUUGUUAUAUUGAGAUUAAUAGGCUGCUCAAAGCACACUUGGACAGUGAUAUCAGCUACACUGGUUGACCUUUUUAAAGUUGCAACACACAUACACUCACGCAGACACUGCAACACACACACAGACUUGUUCUCUCCCAAGCAUGCAUGUGCGCACACAUGCACGCACACAAGCACGCACACAAGCACGCACGUACUUUGCACACACACCCACACACCCACAUAUUACCCACCCACUUAUCACCCCAAUAUGAUUGUUUAAAGAGAUGGGAAUUGUAAGGCCUAUAUGAUCCAUAUAAACCACUAUAUAUAAAUACAAUUUUAAUAAUUGCGUACUGAAAAUGAAGACUUGAGGAUCAACCAUAGAGAGGUGUUUUCUUGCCCGCUUGAGCGAUGGUCGGAACAUGCGCGUGUGUGCAUGUAUUGUGUGGACACCGGUGUUGGUGCCCUGUGUCUGCGUGGGUUUUGGCCGGCGUCCAUGUGGGCCUGCACUUGUGGGCUGGAGCAUCUGCCUGUCCAAUUGGCUGUUUUGUGAUUCCAUGCAUGCAAGACAGGACGUGCUUGUGUGCAAACAACAAGUGUACGUCUGCGUCUGCGUACACGUGUGUAUGUGCACAAGAGAGCGAGGGAGAGGCAGAGAGAGCAGCAGAGGAAGCAGCCGGCGGUGUCUCAGGAUGCGAAGGGGUCUCAAGGGGGGAGAGACAUGAGAUUAUCCUCUGAGCACCAAGAGGAGGAUACUUAAACACUGACUGAGCCUUCCUCUUGGUUCCAGGGAGGGGGAGAGAGAGAAGGGAAGAGAGAGGGGGAGAGAGAGAGUUAAGAUUUAAAGAGAGAGAUAGAUUCGGGCAGGGCCUCAAAGUGCCAGCCACAGUCUGUUUACUCCAGCACAUUGUUGCUUGGAGACGUCGUGAUCGUUCUCUGCAAAUGAGUGGCAGGUAGGUGUCCACCAUACCAACAUUUGAGACCCUGUAUAGUUGUAUUAAUGAUUAACUAAGUGAGGGAAUGAUUGAAGAAGAAAUAAUAAUGAAGGAGGGAAGGAUGGAUGAACCGACAGGCUGGUGGAUAAAUGUAUCUUAUCUCAUCAAUUUUAAGGAGGCCCCAAGGUCGUUGGUGACGGAUACUUUUGUGGCUUGUGCAACUCUUCUGCAGAGUCUUCUUUAAAGUUCUUUGAGGUAUUGUGCUUUAUUGCUAGUAAUUGGGAAAAGGAAAACACUGGGGCCAGCCAAAAGCUGCCCACAAAAUUAAGGGAGCGCCACAACAUUCCCCUAAUUAAGUCGCUUAUUUCUCUUGAAAUUUCUUCUUUCAAUUGUUCCUUCUCUGUGUGUGUGUGUAUAGGCAUAUGGGUGUGUGUUAUAUCUCUGUGUGUACUCUAUCUUUGCGUGUGUGUGUGUCUGCAUGUGUGACCCUACGUGUGUGCACAAACACUUAACACACCUUUUAUGCUAACUUUUACCAUGCCAAGACAUAACAGCGGGGAACAAAAGUACAAUUCCAGCCGUUGCGCAAAUUUUCUCGGAGGAGACUGCAUUAUUGUUAAACACUGUGCCAGUAGUCCGAGGGGCGCAAUAAAGGCUGAGAUGUCUUUUAUUGGCUCCAUGCUGGCACAAACAGGCCUUAAUGCAAUGGUUUUACUUUAGUGGUGGAUGUUUCUGCAUGCUGAUGACCUUAAUGCGUCACUGGCGGUAGGAUGCCUGUGCGCGCAUAUAUAUGUCAGUAGACAGGCGUUCCUUGUUAUGGAGCGUCCGGUUAAUUAGAGCAGGUAGAUGGCAAUUAGCGCGCAAGGAAGAUAUGCGACUGGGUGGGGGGAACCAAAGUGCAUUUAAAUAGAAGGAAAGUGGCGGCACAUAUGUUGCUUCCCCUGGAGAAUAAUCCAGUGAGUUUCCAUGCUACUACUUAUACAUGCAGAGAAGCGCAGUAGACACACACACACACACAAACACACACACACACACACACACACACACACACACACACACACACACACACACACACACACACACCCUCCCACACAUGGACAAAUGCAUGCAC